AUGACCAGCCCCUGCAGGAGCGUGGAGGAGCAGAAAGGCAUCAGUGAAAGUCCCGCUCACAAACCGGAGACGCCUCGGUUCCGCAGCUGGAGCAGCCUCCGGUUCUCCCGGUGGAGGAGCGGCUCUGGGAGGACCACCCCGCCGACCACCCCCUCGCCAAAGUCGGACAAGAGGAGCGACGUGUCGCGGACGCUCUUCUCCCUGGUGAAGACGCACAAUGACGACUACACGGCGGACCCCGACGGCCUGCUGGACAGCAACAGGGAGGGCGAGGGGGACGCGGAGGAGGCGCCCCAGGACCAGGCCACCUACUUCCAGAAGCAGUUCGGCUCCAUGCUGCAGCCCGGGGUCAACAAGUUCUCCCUGCGCAUGUUCGGCAGCCACAAAGGGGUCGCUGCGGAACAGGAGAGGGUCAAGAGCUUCGGAGUGUGGAUCAUUCAUCCAUACAGUGACUUCAGGUUCUACUGGGACAUCGUGAUGCUCCUGCUGAUGAUGAGUAACUUGGUCAUCUUGCCGUGGGGAAUCACCUUCUUCGAGGACCAGAACACGAUGCCCUGGAUCACCUUCAACGUCCUGUCCGACACGCUCUUCCUCAUGGACCUGGUGUUUAACUUCCGUACGGGAAUCUUAGGGGAGGACAGCCACAUCAUCCUGGAUCCCAAGGAGAUCCGAAUGCAUUACCUGCGCACCUGGUUCCUGGUGGACUUCGUCUCCUCCAUCCCCGUCGACUACAUCUUCCUCAUCGUGGACCUGGAGUCCCGGCACGAGUCGUCCGACGUGUACCGCACCGCCCGGGCUCUCCGCAUCGUCCGGUUCACCAAGAUCCUCAGCCUGCUGCGGCUCCUCCGGCUGUCCCGCCUCAUCCGAUACAUUCACCAGUGGGAGGAGAUUUUCCACAUGACCUACGACCUGGCCAGUGCCGUGGUGCGAAUCGUCAACCUGAUCGGCAUGAUGCUGCUGCUGUGCCACUGGGACGGCUGUUUGACCUUCAUGGUGCCGAUGCUGCAGGACUUUCCUCCAGACUGCUGGGUGUCCAAAAACAACAUGGUGAACGAUACGUGGCACAUCCAGUACUCGUACGCCCUCUUCAUGGCCAUGAGCCACAUGUUGUGCAUCGGAUACGGCGCCCACCCCCCGGAGGGCAUGACUGACGUCUGGCUCACCAUGAUCAGCAUGGUGGUGGGGGCCACCUGCUACGCCAUGUUCCUCGGUCACGCCACCAACCUUGUCCAGUCCUUGGACGCGUCGCAUCGCCAGUAUCAAGAGAAGUACAAGCAAGUGGAGCAGUACAUGUCGUUUCAUAAACUGCCCGCAGACGUCAGGCAGAGGAUCCACGAUUACUACGAGCAGCGGUUCCAGGGCAAGAUGUUCGAUGAGGACAGCAUUUUUGGAGAGCUGAGCGAUCCGCUCAAAGAGGAGAUCGUCAGCUAUAACUGUCGCGGGCUGGUGGCCAACAUGCCGCUGUUCGCCAACACGGACCCUCACUUUGUGACGGUGAUCCUGACCAAGCUGCGCUUCGAGGUCUUCCAGCCCGGAGACCUGGUGAUCCGAGAGGGAACGCUGGGACGGAAGAUGUACUUCAUCCAGCACGGCACCGUCACCGUCAUCCCGCGCGGCAGUAAGGAGAUCAGGCUCAGUGAUGGAGCCUACUUCGGAGAGAUCUGCCUGCUGACUCAGGGCCGGCGGACGGCCUCGGUGAGGGCCGACACCUACUGCCGCCUGUACUCGCUGAGCGUGGACAGCUUCAACGAGGUGCUGGAGGAGCACCCUCUGAUGAGGAGGGCGUUCGAGAGCGUGGCCGUGGACCGGCUGGACCGGGUCGCCCGAAGACCCAGUUAUCAGCCUCCAGAGAACGAGGCCGACAACUAGAAAGCUCCAGGCGGACAUGAGCAGCAGAGAUAUGACUUCUCACCUGAACUUUAUGCAACAAAGAGAUCUUAAAUGAACUUGAAAUGGAGACCUUCAUCAUGAAUUAUUAACUUAUUAUAUUUGUACUUGAAAAUA